AUGCGGCCGCAGCGGACUAGAGCGCAGCUGGCGGGGCCGAGGCCAGAGCAGGAGCGGGCGCUUGACCGGGAAGCGGGUCACCGGGCACAGGGAAUGGCCGGCGCGGGACUGCGGGCGGCGGGCUGCCGCUGGUUACGGCUCCGAGGAGACGAUGUCCCCGGCUGGCAGCGCGCAUCGGCCGCUUCCUCCUGCCAGGGCUGCGGUCCCUCAGGCCCCAGCCCCGCCUGUGCAGGCUCCCCCGGCCCCGGAGCCCACUGCCCCGGCGCUCACUGUCCCGGCGCCAGCGCCUCCUCCUCCUCCUCCCCUCACCGGGUUGCCCAGCGCACUGCCGGCCCAAGCCCCGACGCCCAGUCUUCCAAGCCCAGCGCCUACCUGUGGUCUAGGUACCGGGAGAUGAGGAAGCUGGUGCACGACCUCCUUCCUCCUGAAGUCUGUAAUCUCCUUAACCCGGCUGCGAUCUAUGCCAACAAUGAGAUCAGCCUGGGAGACGUGGAGGUUUACGGGUUCGACUAUGACUAUACCUUAGCUCAAUACUCUGACUCAUUGCACUCCAUGAUUUUCAACACGGCCAGAGAGAUCCUAAUAGAGCAAUAUAAGUACCCAGGAGAGAUCAGGAAAUAUGAUUACAUCCCAGAUUUCGCCAUUCGAGGCCUACACUACGAUGUGCAAAAGAGUCUUCUGAUGAAGAUUGAUGCUUUCCAUUACGUCCAAUUGGGAACAGUUUACAGGGGUCUCCAGCCUGUGCCUGAUGAAGAGGUGAUUGACUUAUAUGGGGGAACCCAGCACAUCCCACUCUAUCAAAUGAGUGACUUCUAUGGCAAGGGCCCCUCUCUCAAGCAGUUCAUGGAUAUCUUCUCGCUUCCUGAGAUGGCCCUUCUCUCCUCUGUGGUUGACCACUUCCUUGCUCACAACCUGGAGUUUGACCAGACUCACCUCUACAAAGAUGUCUCGGAUGCCAUCAGAGAUAUCCACGUCAAGGGCCUGAUGUACCAGUGGAUCGAGAAGGACAUGGAGAAGUACAUACUCCGUGGAGAUGAGACUCACGCGGUCCUGACGCGCCUUGUCACCCACGGCAAGAAGCUUUUCCUCAUCACCAACAGCCCUUUCAGCUUCGUGGACAAGGGGAUGAAACACAUGGUUGGCAAGGAUUGGCGCAAUCUUUUUGAUGUAAUCAUUGUCCAAGCAGACAAGCCAAACUUUUUCACAGAUAGGCGCAAGCCUUUUAGGAAACUGGAUGAAAGGGGCAUACUGCAGUGGGACAAAAUCAGCCACUUGGAAAAGGGAAAGAUCUACCGUGAGGGAAACCUGUUUGACUUCCUACAUCUGACAGGGUGGCGGGGGUCCCGAGUGCUGUAUUUUGGGGACCACCUCUAUAGUGACCUUGCAGACCUCAUGCUGCGCCAUGGUUGGCGGACAGGCGCCAUCAUUCCUGAACUGGAGAGAGAGAUCAGCGUCACCAACACGGAGCAGUACAUGCACUCGCUGACCUGGCAGCAGGCCCUCACGGGGCUCCUGGAGAGGAUGCAGACCUACAGAGAUGAGGAAUCAAGGCAGGUGCUUGCGGCCUGGAUGAAAGAACGCCAAGAGAUCAGGUCUAUCACCAAGAACCUCUUCAACCCCCGGUUCGGCAGCAUCUUCCGCACCUUCCACAACCCCACGUACUUCUCGCGGAGGCUGGUGCGCUUCUCGGACCUGUACAUGGCUUCCCUGAGCUGCCUGCUCAACUACAGCGUGGACUUCACGUUCUAUCCCCGCCGCACGCCGCUGCAGCAUGAGGCCCCGCUCUGGAUGGACCAGCUGUGCACGGGCUGCAUGAAGACGCCCUUCCUGGAGGAGAUGGUGCACAUUCGGUGAGGCUCCGCGGAGGUGGCAGCCCGCCCCCCCCCUCACGUGCCCCGAGCUCCGGCCCCAGGGGAGGACCCGCGCCCUGACCAGCCUCUUCGCUGCUGGGAGCCCGGCUAGUGACAUGGGCAUCCUAGAGCGCAACCGGUCACCCACCCAUCGCCCUACCUGUAGGCAUUCAGUGCAUCUCCCAGCUAGGCCUAGGGGCUACUUCAGCCCUGGGUGGGGGACAGUGACGUGCCAAUCAGAAGCAUGCCAGAGAACUGGGCACGCCUGGUAGAUUUCCAAGGUCAUUGUCCCCUGGGAUGAAAUUCCCCGGAGGAAGAACGGGACAGGAAGCAGGUUGGACACAAGAACUUUAUUUUUUGAGUGGCAGGAGUUUUCAAAAGCUCCCCACCCCCACCUGAGGUACAGCAGCCAGUGUGAGCUGAGUCGUGCAAUUGGCCCCUCCCCUGUGGGGCAGAGAGAGGUUUGGGGGCCUAAGGGCCAGGUCAGUGCCCCUCUCUGUCCUACCUGGGAGGGGGUGGAAGCACAUGGAUACUUUCUGCAGGGGCCAGCCUUGCUCUCUGGCCAUUCCCAAAUACAGGAGAGAAAAUGUGGCCCAAGUCUAAAGGUCCAGGGGGAGGUGAGCUGGUGCCAGUGUUUGGAGGCCCCUGCUUCCCUCCAUCUACUGGAGCUAGCUGCUCUGGGCCUAGGGCCAGGAGGGAGGGGGUGCCUGCGGGGCUGUGGGGCGUGGGGAGUAGCCGGGAGUCCUCACAGAAGACAAAUAAACGUCCAGUGACUGGUAGGCAUAGCUGAUUGGGAGCUCCGGUGGUUGUUGCUUAGUGCUUGCCUUCCCUCAGGCUCCUCAUGGCUAACUGGGGUCCAGGGCCUCUAGCCAGGGAUGGACCUGAGAGUAAGGAGCCCCUCACCCCCCACCCCAGCUCUCCUCAUCCAGGGCAAUUUGCAGCAAAAAAAAAAAUCCCUUGAGGAAAGUUUGGGUCAGAGCUGGACCUUAACAUCUAAUGAGGUGGUGGCGUGUGUGAGAGAGAGAUAGGGAGCAAAAUCUGGGUGCCUUGGGCCAACUGUCGCCUCAAUGGGCCACAUGUCUCCUGCAGGCUUGCUUCUGGCCGUGGCCUCUGUAGGAAGAGGCUGUGCAAAUAAGGGUGAUGCCCUCCUUCUGUUGGGCUCACUCAGGCCCAUGUAAACAAACAUCUACUGGGGACGGGGUAGGGGUGGGCAGAGUUGAGUACGGUGAAGAGCCUGAUGUAGGUCACCACUCCUCCCAGGCCCUGGUUAGUCCUCUUCAAGGAUUCUGUGGGUGUCCGAGAAUUCCUUCUCAAGUAAUGACUCCUAGGAAGGAAAUGGGAGCAGGUCAGGUCUUCUAAGGAGCUCCCUGGCCAGGAGGCUAGUGGCCCUCAAUUCAGGUGCCAUCUCUCACUGUCCGAGUAAGUUUAGAAUGAAGCCAAGGGAGCCACAGGCUUCGAGAAAGUAAGAAGCUUAAGGCAGGCCUGGCAGUUCACAUUAUCUCUGGGCUCCAGCCUUGCACAGAGAGGCUCAGUGUCUGGCUGGGGGAACACGGGCAGCAGCAAUACUACCCUUCUUCCUGCCCUCCCAUUGCCGUAGCACCUGAUAACAGAGGCCGGUAGCUGCUGCUAUCACUUACAUCAAAGGGGUCAUAGAAGGUGUCACGGCCAUCAAAAGUGGGGUUGGGGACAGAGAUAAGAGGUGGGCUGGGUCCUUCUUGCCAGGGUGAGAAGUCAUCUUCGUCAUCUUCAGCCUAGAAGGAGAGGCAGAGCAGUGUCAGGGUGGGGAGGGGGGCAGCAGGUUAGGGGGGUGGGAAUCCCCUCUAGGAAAAGGAGGAGCAGGGUGGAGGGCCUUCCUCUCUCCACAACUCCUCCAACCCAUUCCCUUCCCAUCUACCUUGAAAUAGUGGAACUGGAAUCCUUGGCCCUUGACUUUGAAGUGGAAAUAGAGAGCCACCAAUCCCAAAACCAGUCCUACCACCAGGGCAGUGGAUGUGCCAACUGCCACAGAAGUGGUGGUCCUUGCCAACAUAGCUGCCACCUGUAAACAGAGCAUAGGUGCCAGUUGGUGUGAAUGCCCGGAGCAGCUGUGGGCCCAGGCUCCCCCUGCAUAACCCCUUCAGGAAGGGCAGUCCCAGACAUUUAGAACUAGAAGGCCCCUUAGCAGACAUCUAGUCCAAACAGUGCUCAUCUAGCAUCUGCUCAAAAAUUUCCUAUGGAAACCCCCACCUUCCAAGGCAGCCCAAGCCCACUAACUGUUGGGGAGUUUUCCUUAAAUUAAGCCUCGAUUUUCCUCCAGCCAUUGCUUCUGCUUCUUCCCUCUGGGUCAGAUGAGAAUAUGUCUCAUCCCUUAAAACACUGGAAGACGGCCAUCAUACCCACCCUAGCCCCAAGUCUCACCUACGCUAACCCCAGUUCCAUCAACCAAUCCUGUGCUGUGGGCUCCGGGUCCUUCAGUAGCCUGGCUGCUCUCCUCUGGAUGCAGGGUCCUUCCUGCAGCGCCCACUGACCCCAGUACUCCAGAGUGUUAACUAAACCUCCCCCAGACCUCUGCUCUCCCAGAGGAGCACUCACCACCGGUUCCGGGGGCACAGUGAGGGGGCUCUCGAUGGCAUGGAUGAUGCCAUUGAAGGCAAUGAUAUCCCAUUCCACAACAGCACUGACUCUGACCAUACCAGGGUCCUCCUGAAUGGGAAAAGGGGAGACUCCUUACGGCAUCAUUUUCCUGCCUAAUUUAGUUGUGGCCAGAUCUGACUCUGGGCCAGGAGCCAAUCCCUCAGUCACAAGUGCCCAACUGUAAGUAAGGUCAACUGUAGCAAGGUCAAUCCACUGAGAAAAAUUAUUUGCCAGGGGGCAGCUAGGUGGUGCAAUGGAUAAAGCACUGGCCCUGGAUUCAGGAGGACCUGAGUUCAAAUGCGGCCUCAAACACUUGACACUUACUAGCUGUGUGACCCUGGGUAAGUCACUUAAUCCUCAUUUCCCUGCCCUCCCCCCCAAAAAAAUCAUUUGCCAAGUGGUCCCAGACCUAAAUCAUGUGCCUGAGCUAGAAGAAAUGGCUAGGGGCAGCUAGGUGGUACAGUGGAUAGAGCAUCGGCCCUGGAGUCAGGAGGACCUGAGUUCAAAACUGACCUUAGACACUUAACACUUACUAGCUGUGUGACCCUGGCAAGUCACUUAAUCCCAAUUGCCUCACCAAAAAAAAAAAAAAAAAAAGAACUGGCUCUUCCAUGACUGGGAGAGUGAGGGGUUGGCAUGUGUCUCCUGGGCUUUGGCGGCUGUCAGCCUGCAAAGUGGCUUUUGUCCUAGCACAGUCCAUGGACUACAGCUGGGCAGGGGAGUGGGCCGGGGUGGGGGGUGGGGGAAUAGGCAGAGCUUUGCUAAAGUAAAGGGCUUCAGCAAAUGAAUGAAAGCUUCAUGUACAUCAUCCCUUAAAUUAAUAUUACACCUGUAUUAUUUCAGAGAUUCAGUUGCAAAUGUUACAUUAUCUUGAAAUACUGGCAUUUCUAGUGGCCAUUCUUGGCCAGAGCUGUAAAAUCAAUAUUACUCUGCUGUGCAAAAUGAAAGGAGCAAAAUAAGAUUGAUCAAAUAAAAUUUUGUUUCCAUAUAACCGUA